AUGGCACGACGUCAAUUGAGUGUGAAUGAGAAGACAUGGAUUGUCAAACAUAUGUAUCGUCUUGAAUAUCCAAUAAAUGUUCAAAGAUUAUGGUGUAAGCAAAUAAAUAACAAUCCUCCACAUCGUGAUACGAUAAGAGUAUUGAUGAAAAAAUAUGAACAAACUGGUUCUGUACUCGAUAUUAGUCCACCUGGUAGAUCUGUAUCAGUUACUGACCAAGGUGUAAAAGACGAAGUUCCGUCGGUUUUGCAAAAAGAACCUCGAACGUCGAUUCAUCAAAUGAGUACAGAUUUAAGUAUUUCAAGAUCUUCAGUUCGACGUAUUUACAAGUCUAUGGGCUUUAAGCUAUAUAUUCCCAGAUUAAUUCAUGAACUCAAUGAAGAUGAUUUUGACUGA